CAUCGAUAUUACCUAAAUGUAGCAUGUCUUUCUUUUUAGGGGGACUCAUAUAUUUUGAAAAAAAUAUCCGGCAUCGUGCUGCCAGCAUAAUAUUCUGCUGCCAGGAGAACGCUCCCCUGUGCGACUGGCUCCCACGUGCGCACGUAAACCAAUGGGAUGACGAGAGGCGCAGUUUAAAAAGGAAGCCGCGAAGACGUUUCCGCUUAUCCAAAACAAAACGGGCAAUCCUAAAGAUACCGGACAAGAAUACGGAAAUGGCUUCAAUCAUCUUCUCUGAGAGAGAAAAUGCCACCCUCCAUACACCUGCGCUGAAGAUGCGCCAGCGGUUGCAAUCUGUUCCAGAAAACCUCUUGAAGACCCCUCUAACUGGAAAAAAGUUGCAUACUCCUUUACAGUCCGGUCGCAAGGCUUUGGGGGCAGUGAACAAGGUCCCAUCAAUGCCAACUGUAAAUGGACAAGAGAAGAACAAACUCCUUGAGACACAGGAAACAAAAGUUAAAACCCUCCCUCAGACCAAAGUAGAAGAAUACCCAGAUAUUGAGAUGUUUAUCCCCUAUGACCCACUUGAGUAUGAGAACUAUGUCAUCCCAGAGGAUGUGGUUUGCCUGGGUCAUCUUGCUCUGCCUGGACUGGUACGUCUCCCAGAAAUGCCAUGUCUGCCUGAAGAGGACUUUGAAGUGCUCGAGACAUACACAUGUUUUUCUCUGAAGAACCUGCAACGCUCAGACAAUUGUGCUACGGAAUUGGACGCGUUCCUUCAAACUAUCAACAAGCUGACCAUUGACCUGCCCCCAGAGAUGGAUGAAUGCUGAGUCUAUAGCUUUGUACAGGUUUUCACCCACUGUGUUCAUCUGUUUUGUUUUUAUAAAUAAAGUUUGAGCUUUUUUAAAAUCCUGA